ACAGUGCACAGUUUUGAAUUUAAAAGUUUGUAAAAACAUUAAAUUCUUAUAUAAAAAGCCGAUUUAAAGAGCUAAAUAUUACGAGAGAUUAUCUGAGUCCUCAACUUUUUAUUUUUCCUGCUAGAAUUGUAAGUUAAAUUAGCAAAAUGGGUGAUUAUCCAGACCCCGAUGAAGAAUACGAGUUAAUGUACGCCGAUGAAUUGGAAAUGCUCAAUGAAGACGAGGAACACGCAGAACCAAGUGUUAUAAAAAGAAAAAUUCAACCAGCUAAACGGAGUCUUGACUUUUCAAGUCCUAUAGCAAAAAAGCCGGUCACCACCUCGUCUACCAAUCGCAUACCACCUUCAGUGUCCCUACCCAACAGUACUGAAAGCUCUGAUAUCUCCCUAACACCAAAUUUGCCACCAGUAGAAGAGUUUACUCCAGUUUCGAGUAAAAGAACCGCAGAUGAGUUAUUUGGGGACAUAGGAGAUAUAGAUUUCAAUGAACUAGAGUUACCCAGUAAGAGACAGAAGACUGAGGAGGAGAAUGACUUGGAUUUGAUAGAGAAGAUUCUGGAAGGAAGGCGGUUGAAACAGAUUCUGUUGGAGCCGACUGGACGGGUGGCUGGGAGUAAGACCGGUUUUAAGGCUAAGGAUAAUUUGUCACUUGAUAUUCCUAGAUGGGCGUUCCUCCCCCUAACAAACUCGGAUGGUGACCGAGUGUAUGUAAGAUUAGAAUCUGAGGAGGCCUGGGAGAAUUCCCUGGACACAAGAGCUGAACAAAUGUCCUUGCAUGCCAGUUAUGCUAACACAUGGGUUGAGGCUCGGAAGAUUCUAGAAGAAAAACAGAAGCAGCAGCUCACAGACAAAGCAUUAACACAGGACCUUCCGGAUGCUAGCUCAGAUAUCAACGGCAACAUACUGUGGGUAGACAAGUACAGACCACAGUCAUACUUAGACCUGCUUUCUGAGGAGCCUGUAAAUAGAGCCCUGUUGCAUUGGCUGCAUUUGUGGGAUAAGAUAGUAUUCAAGAAGGAGGUCAAGACCAAAGAGCCGCAACAGCGCACAACCUUCAGCAAGCGAGCUGGCCAGUUCCAAUUGACGAACAAGUGGAAAGGCAAGAAGGAUGAUGUACCGGAGAUGGAUGAGGAUGGCAGGCCGCAUCAUAAGGUGGCGUUACUGUGUGGCCCGCCGGGGGUCGGGAAGACUACUUUGGCACAUUUGUUGGCUAGGAUAGCUGGUUACAGACCAGUGGAGCUGAACGCAUCAGACGAGCGCAGUACUGAAGCGUUCCGCAACGCGCUGCAGAGCGCUACUCUCAUGCGAUCGGUUAUAGAUGCUGAGAAACGACCCAACUGUCUUAUAUUAGAUGAAAUCGACGGUGCUCCCUUACCAACAGUAGAGCUGCUAGUCCGCUGGUGCAGCGCUACUGCUGCCGAGGGGAAGAAGAAAGCUAAACAGCAGCCGCUCAAGAGGCCUGUUAUCGCUAUAUGUAAUGAUCUGUACGCCACUGCGUUGAGGCCUUUGAGGCCCAUAGCCCUAAUAGUGCAAGUAGGCGGGGUAUCCUUAACCCGUCUGUCAGGGCGUCUGUCGCAGGUCUGUAAGCGUGAGGGCGUGUCGGCGGCGCCGCACGUGUGCUCGGCGCUGGCGGCGCGGGCGCGGGGCGACGUGCGCAGCGCUAUACAACUGCUCAGCUUUGUCAAAGCCAGGGCGACUGCACAGUUAAACAUGGAGGACGUGGAGAACAUAGCGAUCGGCACGAAGGAUUGCAACAAGAGCAUGAUGCAAGCACUGCAGAGUAUCUUCACCACCAACGACACGCAGCCCGAUGCCGUGCUCAGAGCUGUGCAGGCUGCUGGGGAGUAUGACAGACUAGCAGACGGAAUAUUCGAGAACUACCUAACGGCUCGAGUGGACGGGCGUCUACUCAUCGCCGUGGAGACUCUCUCCUGGCUGCUCCUGCAUGACGUGAUCAACUCCUGGACUCUUCGCAGGCAGAACUACUCGCUGUACGGGAUGCUGCCGCUGUGUCUAGCGAGGUGCCACGCGGCGCUGGCUUCUAGGAACCCGCAGAGGGUCAAGUUCCCGUGGCAGGCUCAAGAGAUGCACCGCAAGAAAACCGAACUAGAAGGCGUAAUAUCGUCCGUGCUGCGCGGACGUUCCGCGCGGGUGUGCGGCUCGCGUUCUGCUUUGCAGCUAGAUAUCAUUCCGCUGUUGCCGCAUCUACUCGCGCCUUCACUAAGGAGUAAUAACGUACAGUUAUGCAGUGAGAGUGAACGUGCAGCACUGCGUACCUGCGCAGGCGCCAUGUGCGACUACGGGCUGCAGUACGUGCAGCAGCGCGGAGCUGAUGGUGUCUAUGCGUUUCUUAUUGAACCGCCUAUAUAUAGCGUGGCUUUCUUUGGUUCUGACGAGAAAAUGCGUCCACCGCCGGCGAUCAGGCAAGCGAUAGCGCGCGAACAGCAACUUGAAAUUAUUAGGAGAAACGAAGAAAUGGCGAGCAGAGUACCCAAUAGGGGCAAUGCCACCAGCACUCCGACCACAAAGAAGUCAACCAUAGACAGUAAAGAGGCUUCAACCAACAAGGAAAAAGAGGCGAGGUUGCCCAACCAUCUGCAGCGGUUAGAACCUAAAGCUGUUAAGAGGAAUACGCCGCAAGUACAUAAGGACUUCUUCGGCCGAAUAGUUCCUCUAUCGCAAGUGCAACGAAACGACCCUGUUGCCGACGUGAUCUCAUCGAGCAGCGUGUUCUACCACUAUCAGGAAGGGUUCAACAAUGCAGUGCGAAGGAAUGUACGUGUGAAAGAUAUACUUUAACGUUAGGACAUUUAGCAGGUUUAAUAUUAUCAAAUUAGCAACUUCAGUGAUCAUGUCAAAUGUGUAUGAUGUAACUAUGUAAUAUCGUUAACUGAACAACUCAAAAGUUUUAUAGAUUUGAGCGUGGCAAUGAAUGGCCAUGGUUGGGUCGUCACUUGAAAUUCUACUGAAUGUCCUCAAGUGUAUAAAAUAUGUUAAAAAUAUGUAUGUACUUGAAAUCUUUUUUACAUUUUGUCUUUGCAAUUAAAAUAAUCGAAACUGCUUUUAUUAACUUGUGCCGUGUCUUAUGACUUGUAAUUUGUAACUUAUCUGUACAUCACCUGAGAUAUUAACUUUAAACAUAAAUUGUAUACGAUUUAUAUUUAUUACCUCAUUCACCGACAGACAAAUACAGCAGGCAUUUCGCUGACAUACAAUUACGUUUAAAUCAAAAACUUUUGAACAAACAAACUUCACAUCGCCAUAUCUCAUCACCAUCGUACCGCACUUAGCAGAUAUUAAUAAACUCUUUAACAGCCGCCAUGGAAGGCAUUUUAUUAAAAACUUUCUUCAUAAAUACAUCAAGAAACGUAAUUUAUGAUUCUUGUAACUCUUACGUUGUCAAAUACAAUGAGUAAGUACAAAAGUUUCGAGUACAAUGUGAAAUUGUUGGCGAGUAUUAAAAUAUGGGUAAUCUUACAAGUUGGGGAUAUUAAUGUGUGUACCUUGUGUUUUGAAAGCAUUUACAAAAGAAUACUCGUGGAUUGUAGACACUUUAAGCAAGCUAUAUGUAUGUAUUUUGUAUUUUUAGUGUCAAUAAACCCUUUUUUACACUUUUUCACAAAAGUACUGUAAUGUAAAGCUUAACAACAAACAACGGUUAUUGUAAAUAGUGUCAGUAAUUUGUAAAUGUAAGCUAAGUUGCGAUAGAUAAGUUAUUAAAACUUUUGUGAAAUCGAAAUAAACGAUUGUGAAUCAA